GAAACAAACAAUGCGCGCUCAUCUUCGAUUCCACCUUUCAAGCUGGAUACAGGAUUAUGCCUACCAUCACUGACCUCCCAGACGAGCUUUUGGAUGAAAUAGCCCAUCUAUUACCAAAGGGGACCCUAUCCUCCCUAUGUACCGUUUCAAAUCGCUUUCAACCCCGCGCGACGCGAUGGCUCUACCGGUGUCUGGCCCUGGCGGGUAACGGUGAAACGAUAAACAUCUGCAAGGUCCUCAUUUCAAACAAACUCGCUGCUAUCUCCGUUCGCAAAGUUCUCCUGUGGCCAGGUUUAGCAUUCUCUCGCCUAAGUCUCACAGGAGGGUAAGUGCUUGCCCCUCGUUACCUGCAUACGUGUAACCACGCUUGUUCAAUUCAACAGACCCUUUUAUCUCUACCUGUCCGCCUUUUACAAGCUGUUGUCCCGUGCCUUGGCUUGUGCGACAAAUGUGGAAAAUAUCCGGUUAAUGUUUCCCUACUGCGGAGCAUCUCUGUCGUUAGAUGCCUGCGCGUUCCCAAACCUUCAUUCAUUUGCCACCACAAUGGAACCCCAUACUCUUGCCUCGUUCGUCAGGAGACACCCACAGCUUCAGGAGCUGCAUAUAUCUCCGAGUGACCUGAGAUCCAUUCCAUUGUCAGAAUUCAGUGGAAUAUCCCUUUCCUCGCUGAAUUCGGUCUGCCUUCCCCAAUCUUUGCUAUUUAUAAUUGCUCCGGAUGCACCCCUACAUUCUGUUUUGUCUCCAGAGAUCGA